AACAUAUAGAGAGAGUUCAACCAAUCCCGGAUUCACAAUUCUCAAAGUACUUACCGUCAUUGCGGCAAAGUUACGUAACAGUUUGACCACGAUGGUCCUCCAUGAGGCAUUCUUUUAGCAUACAUAUAUCCUCACACCGUUUCUGGCGCUCACUGAGUGACGGCGUCCACUCUCAGCUGUAUGGAACGGUUGCCCUAGCCGCAAAGAUUUGGAUUGAUCACUAUGGUCCACAUCAAUGACAAGAAGUUUGCCUGCGAAUCCUGCAUCAAAGGACAUCGUUCUUCUUCUUGUCAUCACUCUGAACGACCGCUGUUCGAAGUAAAGAAGAAAGGCCGCCCGGUAUCACAGUGUAAAACAUGCCGCGAACUGCGAAACUCAAAGCGAUUCCACUCAAAGUGUACUUGUAACCCUAGGGAAGUAGUCGAUAAAAUUCCCAUACCAGCAGCUCGCCCAGACAGGAAACCGAAACGAUUCAUGCCGACGGUACCUACACUACCGAAUGGAAUAUCAGAUGCCUUGUCAAACUCGUCUUCCUUGCAGCCUGCGAAUACAAGACAGACAGUUGAUUCAUUACUGAACCCUUGCCACUGUAAGAAUGUUUUGCAGUGCCUGGGACGCUGCCAAUCUAUGCCUCUUAUGGGUUCCCCAGCACCUGCAACUGAAUCAUCUCCAAACGGUCUAGCCAUGCUCGCCAAAGCAGCUGCACUGAUCCAUAGGGAUAUUGUAUUGUGUCCAACGACCCAACGCUCCGAGGAAUCUUCUGCAUCUCCGAAGUCGUGCUGUACCAAAGAUACCCAAACAGCAGCUAUUCCCUCAGCCCGUUUUGAUCUCCCCCCCGUCCCGCCAUCCUCGUCUUCGAUGACAGUACCAGAGUUCCCCACGAUCCCUCCAUUCAGCGCUUUCAACUCAAUCGCUGGCUCUGGAUGCACCUGCGGACUUCGGUGCGCUUGUCCAGGUUGCGUGAAGCAUCGUGGGGCUGUUCAUGCUUUGAAGGAGCACGAAGAUUGUGCUGAAGGGUGUAACCACUGCGUCGACCACUCAGCAGGCAUUGAACUUCCAACUCUAGGGAAAGGUGCUAGUGGAAACAGCAUGAUCGACCAAUUUUUCGCCCGGGCUGCAUCCCUACCCACUCCUCCAGUGAAUCGUAAAAUUGGGGUUGAGUUCGAUCCAACGGACAUUACAAUCUAUCCUGUUGACCUUUUUACAAAAUCAAUUAAAGAAUACGAGGAGCGAGGUGCGGCAUUUGGACUAGUGACCGUGCCGAAGCUUGAGUGCUGUGGAGGACGGUGUGGUUGUCCAUCCGAUGGCUGCGGAUGCGGACAAUCUUGUGAUGGUUGUCCUAAUGGCCAACAUGCUCACAGCCGGUCUGAGCCUGUUAGCUAACAGGAAUUUUAUGCAUUCAAUUUUUGGUGUAUGAUAGUCAGACUCGUACUUUAAAUUUUAAUAUCCUGCUCAAUGCUUAAUUCCCUCAUACCAGGGCCCCGGAUAACACCCGUGGAUGCUUUUACAACAUCUUAUCAAAGUAUUUCAAGCUACGACGUAUGGUAGGGUGCUAUCAGCACGCGGGAGGCACAUGUUCGCCCC